GAAGGCACCUGCCAUUUCAAGCGCCUUGCGCCUGACCUCAUAAGACGUGUUGCCGGCUUCCUGCACAUCAACGAUGUGAUCCAAAACCUGAAGCCGGUUUGCCGUGAGACGGCAGCCUGUCUCCGCGAGCAUUACCGCAAUUACCGGCUGGUCAGGAAGCCCUCGUCGGACGCGUGGGCGCUUGUUCUACUAGCGGAGCAUCCCUGGCCCGGACGGGACUUCGUGGCGCACUGGGACACCGCGGAGAGGUGGCACGCGCUGAACGUCUCCGCCCGCACCUCGUUGCUGUGCCUGGCCGCCUCGUCGCUCCACGGUCCCAGCCUCGAUGUCGCGCUUCGCCACUCGGCAUGCGGUGGCCUGUCGAGCUCAGUGCUGGGGGCGGCCGUCGCGUCUGGCGACCUGCAGGCCUGUGAGCGGCUGCUCCACGAGGGCUGUGAGGUGGGCCUCGAUGCCGAGCUCCGCGCCGCCCGCGGCGGCCACCUCCACGCCCUGCAGUGGCUGCAGCAGCGCGGGAUGCUGAGCAAGCCAAUCCACGAGAGAGACGUCAACUACAUUUUCGGGGCCGCGCUGGCAGCGAGCGCGGGCGGCCACGCCCACGUGCUCGCGUGGCUGGAGGGGCAGGUUGGGGGGGACGGCCAGUGGGGCCGGCCGCCGCCCAGCCCGGACUGGCGGGCCGGCAUGCUGGCGGUAGAGGCCGCCAAGGCGGGUCACAUAGGCCUGCUGGACCUUCUGGCGCCGCGCGUUCAGCCGCGCAACCGGCGCGAGCGCUACGAGGGCCACAAGGUGCUGGUGGCCAUCGCCUACGGCUGCCCGCUGGCGGUUCUGCAGCGCUACUACUGCCAAGGCAGUCACAGCGGCGGCGGCGGCGCCGAGGGCGGCGCAGGCGGCGGCGGUACUGGAGGCGAAGGUGGCAGCUGGACUGGCGAGGGCCCGCUGCGCGGCACGCGCGCUCGGGAGCUGCUGUCAUCCGCACUGGCCAGCCCUCUGGCGGACUGGCGGCAGAAGGUGCAGUGGCUGCUGGCGCAAUGCGAGGGCUGCCCCACAGCUGCGCUGACGGCGCUGACGGCGCCGCCGCCGCCCCAGUCGCGGCCGCCUAUCACGCCCUUCGAGGUGUGUGGCAAGGCGCUGGUGACGGCGCCGGAGGAUGCCAGUGACGGCGCCAACGGUGGCAAAGGCGACGGCUUUGCGGCACGCCUCGCCGCAGUGCGUGCGCUGGGGAUGACGCUGGUAUUCUCCAAGGGUCUCACGCCGGACACGUGGAGCGUCUGGUCUCGCAACCCAGUGCAGCUGGUCCUGCAUAUGCUGCCAGACACGCAGGAUGCGCAGUUGCGAGAGCGGCUGCUGGCGACUGCCGCAGCUCAGCGCUGCUUGCCGGUGCUGCAGUGGUUCCAGGCGCACGAGGGGCCCGGGGUGUUCACGGAGGGCCACGCACGGAGUGCCCUGACAGGUCUCAGCUGGAGCCCUGUGCACCUGGUGCAUGAUGAUGACAACCUACUGGCAGUGCUGCGCUUCUUUGAGGCCGUGGGCGUGCUGCCGCAGCCACCAGCAACAGCAGCGGCAGCCGAAGCGGAAGCGGAAGCGGCAGGAGAUGCAGCUGCGGGCGCGGCGGCUGGGGGCAGCAGCCAGCAUAGCGCGAAGGCCCUGGCUGCAGCCGACGUCGUUGCGGCUGAGGGCGCUGCGGCGGGCGCGGCGGGCGAGGCGGUUGACGCGGCGGCGGCGCUGAGACAGCAGUGGAGCGAGGCGCUGAGGGAGUCGGUGUUGUUUGGCACUGGGCUCCCCGUGCUGCGCUACCUGCGAGAGCGCUGCGGGGUGCACUUGGGAGUCCGCGGCUUGGCGGUUGCGGGCUGCAGCCUGGAGGCGCUGACGUGGGCCUUGGCAAAUAGCCCGUGUGCCAGUGGCAAUGCGGAGUUCUCUGUCCGCACCAUCUGGGGGAUGUGCGCUCUCAACCCGCCGGCGGCGGCGUGGCUGUGCGAGCACGGCUUCGCACAGCCGCCCACUGUAGAGCAGGCGCUUGAGCUGUUGCUAAAGCCCCCGCAUGUGGGCGGCUCGUUCGCCCACCUCCAGACCUGGCUGCGGCUGGUGCAGCGGAGUGCUGAGAGGGCUACAGGAGCGACAGCGGCUUUUGUGGAUGCACAGUUCAUUGCGAUGCUGGGGGCUCAAGAGCUGCUGGUGAAGUUGCUGGAGGCGACGAAAUGGGAUGUGCUGCAGCAUCAGCGGGAGUGGCUGAGGCGGCUAGGGGAGGGCAUGGCUGGUAUUGCAAACGGGGAACAGGAGGAGCAGCAGGAGGAGGACCAGGCGGAGGAACAGGAGCAGGCGGAAGCGCAGGCGGAAGGAGAGGUGGAAGGACAGGCGGACGGGCAGGCGGAAAGACAGGCAGAAGGAGAGGUGGCGUAGGGUUGGGCUCUAAUUAAGUCGGGGUAAGGGCAUGGGUCGGGGUGGUGGCGACUGACUUGGCGGUGCGACAGGGUGGUGCGGCAGGGCAGGUGCGAGCGCGGCUCUGGUCGGGGGCGGUGCGUUUUCCAGUCGGGUUCAGGUUCAGGCUCAGGUUCAGGCUCAGGCUCAGGUUCUGUCGCGGGUGACGGGGUUGCUGAGGAGCCGGCUGGUGUCUAGGUAGCAGUCCGCGGUGGGGCUGGCAGGGCAUGCGUAGCGGCAUGACAAGUGGUGCGGCUAUUGACAACUGUGCUCCGUCUGGCUGCGGUUGGCUCUGCUGUGGCAUCGCAAUCGCUAGGCACCUGGUUUGGCUAUGUGCCUGUGGAAAGCGACCCCGGCUAUGUCCGGGCGAUGAGGUUGUUCGGCCGCAGACUGUGGAGGGGCUCACCCCCUUUUCCCGUGAUCGGGGAACACUUGUCCAGUCGGGCAGGCGCCACUCGUGCGCCGGGCGGUGUGGGCGCUAAGGAGUGGACAGUUACUUGCGAAGCACUUCCCGAAACGCUUGUGGGUGAAUGCAAACUGCCUUGGCGCCCACAAGUUGGGACCCAUGGGACCCCAAUCGGGGAGAGACAGCAAGGUUACCAAUGUGGGAACAUGGU